UUUAGGAUAUAUAACUUUCCCUUAGGAACAAGACCAUCAUCACAUACACGUUUUAAUGCUAUUUGUAAUAGGGUGCCGUUAUAUGCUAUUUUUUUUUUGCCAGAGACAUAAAUUCAAGAUAAAGAUUGUGAUAUGGCUAUGAACACGGUAUGUGUUGUAAUAGAUUAUAUUUGAACUAAGGUGCAGAUAAUACUUGAUGGUUCUCGUUUCACAUAUUUGUUUCGUUCAGGAAAUUACAACUAUUGAAACUGAUAAAGAUGAUAAAGCACUUAUGUAUUUUCGUGUUAGUCAUUGCUGAUAAGCUUAUCGUAUGCAUAAACUUAAUAAAAACCUCACUUAUAUUCAAUAGCUGUGUGCACGCAUUCGUUAUAAAAUAGAUAGAAUGGGGGUGGACGCUAGUAAAAAUGCGGACGUUAGCUUGGACUGGACCUUUGUAGGGAGAGGAAACGAUAUGAAAAAGGUCAAACAAUUAUUACAGGAAUAUAAAACGAUAGGGAUAUACGGGAUGUGGAAAAUUGGAAAGUCAAGUUUUCUUGUAGAAUUGUAUAAGGAUAUGAAAGAAAGUGGAUCUGUUUGCCUAAUGAAGGAUUUUGAAACAGAAGAUAUCACCUCAUCGUUCAUACAUUAUAAGUGGUUAAAUGACUUGUUAAGUUAUACUGAUAUGCAUUCGGAGUAUACUGAUUUCAAAAAUAAAUGUCCAUGUGAAGAUAGUCUGUGUGGUAAAUGCAAACAUUGUAAUCACAAUAUAUCUUGUGAUAACAAGAAAGAUCGUUUAGUACAGAAAAUAAAUGAAACAAUAGCAAGUCUAAAACUCUGUAGUAAGCAAAUAAUUCUCUUCUUUGACAAUCUGGAUAAACUCAUUAAAUCAGACCUAAAGGACUGCCUUUUAUAUUUUAUUCAUGAACUGAACGAAAAGUGUCCAAAGAUUAAACUUGUAUUUUGUUCAAGCAACAAAGCACAUUGUUGUCAUAAAUCAUAUGGAAGAUUUGUUCUCGGUGCUCUUGAAGAACGUUCUAUUCUCGACUUAAUUUACCUGACAACUGAAAGUUCAGAUGACGCAUCAACCAGCGAGUAUGGUAGAGAUAUGACCCAAAACGAGGCUGUUCAAAAUAAGAAUGAAAAUAUAAAAGCUGUAGAGAACUUGUUUAAACAAGAAAACAAAUAUUUUACUCCGGAAAACAAAGUUUAUAUUGAAAAAAUUGCAACUUUAUGUGAAGGUCAUCCUUUAGCUGCGAUCGAAUCUGGUUCGCUGCUUACGGAGGAUGAAGGGAUUUUAACUCCUGAAGAAUUAAUGGAGAUUCUCACAGAGGCACGGCUGGAAGUUCUAGGUUCAGAUCAUUGUCUACCAGAGGACAGAUUAGAUAUUUGUGAUACACCACUGCAAAAAGUAAAGUAUGUUUAUCGUGUAUUAUUCAAUGAGAAAAGAAUUGCUUCAGAAGGAAUUAUUGACGAUUCCAGUGUAUUCUGAGUGUGUGUGUGAGAUCGGAUUUAGGCAUACAGACACUUCAUAGGAAAAUGCAUGGUGCGAAAUCAAAUGGUAGUCGCAUAAUGGCGGACUCAAAUAGUCCUCAGUUAUUUUGCUCUGUUGCUGAAAUCACAGGACAGAUCUAUGCUCUACAUGUAGAUAGCAUUUUCAUAAUAAAAUGAUAACAUGACAGAAUUUGUUAUGGAUACUUGGAUCAUACGCCACCACUACAAUUCAGGGUCUCAUUUUUAUCUGAUUUUGCAGUUUGUGUGUUUGACUGAAAACAUCUUCUUGCAUCAAACACGACCUCUACUUUUCUUUUGAUUUUUAUUCAGCACUGACAAUAUUCUUCAAGAAAAUGUAAGUUACAUACAUUUAAAAUGGGUCCUGAUGUAUGCUGCAGCCAUUCGAAAUAUGUCAAUUUUAUAUAGAAUAAAGAAGAACAGCUAUUUAGUGUGUUGUAUAAGGGCAAAAAAAUGAAAUAUAGCCAGAUGAGGGUGUGAAAUGAGCUACUGUGAUCAUAAUUUGAUAGAAAAUGACAAAUUAUUGCAAUUUUGCUGUAAAUAUGGAUAAAGCACAAAUACAUCACAGUUUCACUGUUUUGGGUGUAUGUUUUCAAAAACUGCAGAUUUGUAGCUUACAGAAUGCUAAUUUCUAGGAGUCAGAGGUUACAUUGAACAGAUUAAACAGCUUAGUGUGUAAUUUGUAUGCAGAUCAAAGUAUAAAAGACAAAAAACAGGGCAAAACUAGGCUACAUUUAGGAUAACUGAUUAGGAAAAUUUAGGAAAAUUAUGUCGCUGUUUUUGGCAAAAUUUGACACGUUCUUUUACCUUACUGUAAAUGCCAUAAAAUCUUCGAAACUGUUGGUAUCAAGCUAAAACCUUGUAUUUUUCAUGCAUUUAGGUUGCUUGUACAUUUAAACGAAACUGACACGAUCUUAGAGAUUUUUUAUUGUAGUAUAUCAACAAAUUAAAAUCAAUUAUGAAAUCUACGCAGAG